AUGAAGGUGUUCGUCCUCUUGGCUCUCAUUGCUAUCGCUCAAUGCGGAUAUCCAACGGCUCAGAACAGCUACCCAACUCCGCCACCGCAAAACGCGUACCCGGUGGCUCCAAGCUAUCCAACCAAACCUUCAUAUGCUGCUCCACCACCACCACCAGCUGACAGCUACAUCCAGAAGCCGAGCUAUGAUGUCGCCGCUUCUCCAAGCUACUCCGCCUCGGAUAACACGGUGUCGACUGAUUCGGACUCGAUGAGCCAAGGCUCGCGGAGCUCACAACCGCAAGUUCAAGCCGCGUCGAGCCCUUCGUCCAAUCCGUCGCAUGCACAAGAAGGCUAG